CAUGCAACUUCCGUAGAAUAAUCGGUCUGUAAUGAUACUUGAGCAGUGCCUCUAGUUGUUUUCUUACUUCGUGCAUUCGUGGCGUACCACGUGACACGCUGUCACGGCCGGCCUUAGCGGGGGAGGGCGGCGGCGUUGCCGUCAGUCAGCCGUGGCUCGCGGCCCGUACCGGCAACGUUGCUCGUUACGGCCACCCGUCGUUGUCGCGGCGCAGUGUUCGACACUCGUGCGGCUAAACACACCCAAUGUUUGUGUUUUCAUAUUUCUCGUGAUAACGAAAAUCGUUGUGGUCGCCGUCACGCGAGUUGAGUGUAACGUGCACGCGACACCGGACGCGUCGCUCUGGUAUGUAGCUAUCGCCGCCGGUCCACGUCGUCGGCGUCGCAUCGUCCGGUCCUCGAGAUGUGGACAACCACGAAAACCACCAAGUACGGCGUCGCUGUAUACAACUGGCGAGGGGACACGCGUUAUGGAUUACCCUUGGAAAUCGGAGAAACCGUACAGAUCCUGGAGGAGUGCGCGGGUUGGUAUAGAGGUUUUUCGACGAAGAACCGCGCGGUGAAGGGGAUCUUCCCGAGUUCCUAUGUGCAUUUGAAACCCUGCAAGAUCGACAAUGAGGGUCUCUUCGAGUCCGUCAUACCAUUGGAGGAUCCAGUGGUCCGGGAAGUCACCCUGGUCCUGCGGGAAUGGGGUAGCAUUUGGAAGAGGUUGUACGUAGAACGAGAGGAGUAUAAAUUCAACGCGUUGCGUAAAGUAAUGCGAGAGCUAUUGGAAUGGCGGCGGCAACUUUUGGCCGGCACUCUCACCACCGAUCAGACGCGGGAGCUGAAGCUGCGGAUAAUCAAUAAAGUGGACUGGGGGAAUCGGAAACUCGGCUUGGAUCUGGUGCCACGUCAAGGUGCUCACAUGGUGGAACCGGAUACGAUGUCUGUCGUGGAGCUAUAUCAUGUGCACGUGCAAAGCGCUGAGAAUUCGCAGGGUGCAUCCGCUCGCGGCACUCUACGCCGUAAGGAACAUAGAAAAGUCCUUACCCAUCAUCUAUACUUUUGUAUGAGGGACUUCGGUCAUUCGGUCGGUGAAGAUACCGAGAUCUAUUUCUCCUUGUUCGACGCCAAGCGGCAGCAGUACCUGAGCGAACGUUUCCUGGUGCGCAUCAGCAAGGAGGGUUUCUCGAAUUAUGUAGAAAAGAUGCACAGUAAUUGCACGAUUUUCACUGACCUGGGCAACUCCGAUCUGAGCCGUGAUCUUUACAUGAUCGCACACGUGAUGCGUUGUGGCCGGAUGUUGUAUUCUGACUCUGGUAAAAACAAGACCGGAACUGCAAUCUACAGGCGACCUCACGGAGUGGCGGUUCUUUCUCUGGCGGAGGCCGCUCAGGAUCACGCGGAGGAACUCGAAAUGACUUUUAAAGUAUAUCAAGGAGAAGAGAAGGAAUUUCAUCAGCUGCACGAACAAAUCAUACGCAAUAACAAAUGUUCUCCUCUACCCGGACAGCCCAAUUAUGGAAUAGUGGUGUCUCUUCGUAUCUUGCAUGGUGAAUUAUCUCAGGUUCGAGAUGAGAAUCCAUUGUUGUUCAAAAAUAUCUGUCUCACGAAAAAGCUUGGCUUCUCGGACGUUAUUAUGCCGGGCGAUGUGCGUAACGAUCUGUAUCUGAAGUUGGAACGAGGUGAAUUCGAACGUGGCGGAAAAUCCACUGGCAAGAAUAUUGAGGUGACGAUCUUGAUCCUAGACGCGGACGGCCAACCUCUGGAAGAUUGCUUGUUCGGAGCCGCGGGGAUGGACGGUAGUUCCGAAUAUCAGAGUUUAGUCAUAUACCAUCACAACAGUCCAUCAUGGGCGGAAACUGUGAGAUUGGCGAUACCCAUCGACAAGUUUUAUGGGAGCCACGUGCGUUUCGAGUUUCGGCAUUGCUCCACGCGCGAGAAGAACGAUAAGAAACUUUUCGCCUUUGCAUUCGUACGGCUAAUGGAGCCCGGAGGUGCCACCCUUCAGGAUGGUCCGCACGAAUUAUAUAUUUAUAAAUGCGAGGAACGCGCAAAAUUGGAUUCCCUCGGUUAUCUAUCGUUACCGAGUAGCACAAGAGAGCCGUGCGCCUCAGGCCCAUCAACUUUCUCUAGAUCGCCGAAGGAGACUGUAUUCGUACAUACUCUGCUCUGCAGUACCAAACUAACACAGAAUGUCGAUCUACUCAGUUUGUUGCAAUGGAAGGCUCAUCCCGAGCGAAUAUCCGAAGCCCUCGGUCGUGUUCUCCGAUUGGACGGCGAAGAACUAGUCAAGUUUCUACAGGACAUUCUUGACGCACUGUUCGCCAUGUUUCAUACAGAAGACGGUAAUUCCACAGCGCAUUCCGGCUUAGUGUUCCAAGUACUCGUGUCUAUCUUUAGCUUGUUAGAGGAUUCCAAGUUUGAACACUUCAAGCCAGUGAUGGAUGCCUAUAUCUCGGACCAUUUCGCUGCGGCUUUGGUGUACAAAGGUCUCCUCAGUAGCGUGCAACAUUGUGCCGAUUGGGUAACUGCCGCGGAGAAGCAGGAGCCGAUCAUGAAAUGCUUCCGCUCUCUCGAAUAUAUUUUCAAGUUCAUCAUCCAAAGUCGGCUGCUUUUCGCUCGUGCAACUGCAGGUCAAUACGAGGACAGCUUCAAGCGUGACUUAUACUGCGUGUUUGCAGCUCUCAACAAGAUGUUGAGUAUUCCUUAUGAAAUGGUAUUGCUGUCGCAAAUCGCGUUAUUGCUGUCGGUCGCGGCAGUGUUCGAGCAAUUGGUCGCGGUGCUGCCUGUCCUCGAGGUGGCCAAACUCACUUGCACGAUGCUAGACUCGAUACCACGGGAGCCACCGUUGCAACUCACGCAGGCCAAACUGGUCGCUAUUAAAAAUCUUACCGCGUCUAGUUUAUUCCGCAAAGAUGACGAAAGCCGGAACAUGUUACUCGUCACCAUAUGUCGACAUCUGCGUAUUCAUCUGGCACGUAGGGAGGAAUUACGAUCCUGCACCGAUAUCCUAGGCGAGAUACUCGGCUUCCUGCACAAGCGUGGCAGAGACACAAACAAAGUUAAUAACUGCAUACAUCAUGACGUUGAAACGCUCUGUCUAUCGGUGCUCGACGUGCUCAUACAGACGAUAUUGAUCGUGAUAAACGCUAAUGGGCCAGUUCUCGGCUGUCUCGUCGCUUGUCUUAUUGGAUUGCUUCAGCUGCUCGACGAAUACCAUUACGCACGACUCUGGGAAGAACUGACGCACGCCGGUGAUCGGAAACCUCUCAAGGACUUUCUGCUUCGGGUGUUUCUAGUGCUGCGCGACCUUGUGCGUCAAGAAGUAUUCCCACCCGAUUGGCUAGUUAUCAGAAUGCAAGCCAACAAUAUCAUCCUCAGAUCGCUGCAAGAACUCGCACAGCCACUCGCUUUUCGGUUUCUCCAUGGCAGCUUCGAUUCGCAGCUCUGGUCUACGUACUUUAAUUUGGCGGUGGCUUAUCUUACUCAACCAUCGCUUCAACUCGAACAAUUCUCUGAGGUUAAACGAGAGAAAAUUGUAGAAAAGUACGGUGACAUGAGAGUACUCAUGGGCUUCCAGAUAUUAUCCAUGUGGUCGCAUCUAGGCGAACGUAAGCUCGAAUUUAUACCAGGCAUGGUAGGGCCUUUCCUCGAGGUCACUUUAGUUCCAGAGAGCGAACUCCGUAAAGCAACUCUACAUAUCUUUUUCGAUAUGAUGGAAUGCGAGCAACGAGCCCGUGGAAGUUUCAAAUCUGUGGAGUCAGAACUGAUUGACAAACUUGAUAUUCUUAUUAGCGAGAACAAAGGCGAUGAUGAAUAUAGACAGUUAUUUAACACUAUGGAACAUCUUAGCGCUGUAUUGCUGGAUAGGGUGCAGUCCGAAGAUCCAACUUGGAAAGAUAGCGGCACUGCCUUUAUAACGUCUGUUACGCGUUUGUUGGAAAGGCUUCUUGAUUAUAGAAGCGUUAUUCAGGGUGACGAGAAUCGUGACAAGCGCAUGUCAUGCACCGUGAAUCUAUUGAAUUUCUACAAAAAUGAGUUCAAUCGGAAAGAGAUGUAUCUACGUUAUAUUUACAAACUGCACGAUCUACAUCUGGUUGCCGAAAAUUACACGGAAGCCGGCUUUACAAUGAAGCUCUACGCCGAUCAGUUGGGCUGGGGCUCAACUAUGCUGCCACCUGAUCACGCUCAUCCCCAGCAACCAGAGUGGCAGCGCAAAGAGGUGCUCUAUCACAAAAUCAUUCACUAUCUCGACCGAGGCAAGUGCUGGGAAAAGGGUAUACCCUUGUGCAAGGAAUUAGCAAUUCUUUAUGAGACCAGAUUGUACGAUUAUGCCAAACUUAGCCAUGUUCUGAAGCUGCAAGCCAAGUUCUUGGAUAACAUCCUGACACAGCUGCGCCCGGAACCUGAAUACUUUCGAGUUGGAUUCUAUGGUCUUAGCUUUCCGCUUUUUGUUAGAAAUAAGUUAUUUAUUUAUCGUGGUCUGGAGUACGAACGAAUAGGCGCGUUUACGCAACGGCUGCAGACCGAAUUUCCCUGUGCGCAAAUUUUAAUGAAGAACUCGCCACCUGAUGAAAGUAUCCUCACGUCCGAGGGUCAAUAUAUUCAAAUUUGCAAUGUAAAGCCGAUUCCUGAGGAGGGCAGUCUGGCUUGUAGUGGCGUCGAAGUUCCAGAACGCGUGGUAGCCUUUUAUUUGGUGAACGACGUUCGUAAGUUUACGUUCGAUCGACCAUUGCAUCGCGGCCCGGUGGAUCGUGAGAAUGAAUUCAAAUCGUUAUGGAUUGAGAGGACGAUGCUGACGACGGAAGCAAAACUUCCAGGGAUUCUCAGGUGGUUCGAAGUAAUCGAGAAGCGAUCGGAACUAUUAGCACCAGUACAAUACGCCUGCGAGACUAUGCAGAGCGUGGAAAGGGAGCUGAGACGGCUGGUAGCGCAAUAUACUGCGGAACCACAUAGGAAUAUCAAUCCGUUCAGCAUGCGAUUGCAGGGUAUUAUCGACGCUAAUGUGAUGGGUGGUAUUACCAAGUACCAAGAGGCUUUUCUCACGCCAGAGUUUGCCCGACAAAAUCCAGAAAUGGUGCCGCAUGUUAAUCGAUUGAAAGGAUUGAUAUUGGAUCAGAUGAGUGUAUUGGAAUCUGGUCUAGUGUUGCACGGUCAAAUCGCGCCAACUGGAGUUCAACCGUUGCAUAAGAGACUGAUCGAAAGAUUUACACAGCUUAAACAAGGUCUUGGUCCGCUGGCCAGACAGAGAACGAUUCAUCAAGAUAGCAUUGUGAAUUCACCGUUACCACCAUUGCCGAUCAAUGAUAAGCAACGUCCGGCAACUUUGGAAACUGCCGGUUCCAGGUCAUCGCACGCCGACAGUGAUGGUCUUCCCGAGGACGAAGGUUUCUACACAAAAGUGGACGGUGCACCACCACCUAUUCCGCAGCGCGAAGUGCGGCCACGUUCCGUCGGCUACGGUACAACUCCACCUAGACCCACACAUCAGAGAUCUCUCAGUAAACCGCUGAGUCCGAAACUGCCAUUGAGGCAUUCCUUGCCCACUCCUACUGAUGGCGUGGAUCAAAGCAGUCUCAGAAGUUCAUGGAGCGAACCUGGACCCGAGCCCGCCCCGCCACUACCACCCAGAGGUUGCAUACUGGAUAAGAGGGAUUCAAAUACGAAUAUAACGGUACCGCCGGCGCCACCGAAACGCGGUUUAACGCACAAACGUACGAAUACAGAAUGGAGCACAGACGAUGAUUCCGAAAUCACCGAGCCGAAAAACGAACCGAAUGAUCUACGCGACAGUGGCAUCUCUACGGCCAGCUUGUUAGAUUUUCAAUCACAUUUGACGAAUCUGAACAAUCUCAGCUACGAGGACUUUGAGCCACGUUCCCGAUGCAACGACAUCAUGAACAUCUCACCACCGUCUGUGAUAAGCGCGCUCAACGUCUCCACUGGUAGUUUCGUCAGCGGUACAUUCCAAGGUUCGCAUUCUCUUCCUAAUCAAGAGGUAAGCCCUCCACCAAUUCCUCCUAAGGCUCACCAAGACACUCCAUCAGCUCCUUCGACCCUGGAAAGGGUAUCUAAUAGACAGAACCAUGGUCACUCGGAGAAUUAUUCCGUGCCGAAGAUGCAGACGCUCUCCGUGGCAUCCGAUACGGAGAGCACCGUGUAGUGACGAUAUAUCUCCCUAGUCUUUAGCGGUUAGUACCUAGUGAUGUGUAUGUGCCAUUAUGGUCAGGCGCCGAUUCCUGUACUCGAUUUAUCUCUCGAGUCAUCGGGAGGAUUCUUUUAGACGGUAAUUUAAGAUAAGCAUAAGAAUAUCAUCGUCGUUGUCGUCGUUGUAUCUAACGGAUGGAUGCCGAGACUAAGACGGAUUUAAAUCUGUCAUUAUCGAGGUCUCUGAUAUCUGCACGUAGUUUGAUAAGGAACUGUAAGCCGAAUAAACAAUUG